GCCAACCUCAGUUACAGUCUGGAACACUGCAUGACCAGGUCCACCAGCUGAAGGACACGGAUCUAGCAGUGCUGACCGACACAGCUCACAGUCACACCGCAUGAACGCCCCCACCAAACUUUAAGUGUGCUCAAUCCUUCGCAUCCGCUUAUUCAUGAGUACGACCGGAGGCAUAAUCUUUGUCUGAAGGAAUAAGCUCGCGAUCCAAAUGGUUAUGAGCGGCAGAGCUCAAGGGCCACAGCAUGGACGCCUCGACGCCUGCACUAAACCACAAAUGAGCUCAUUCCUUCUCACUCGCUUAACCACAACAACGAUCAGAGCUAUAUUCCUCAAAUUAAUCCCUGAAGGAUUAAGCUCUCAUUCCUUCUAUCCAUCUUUCCAUCAGACAUUGUCGGUGCUCGUGUUCCAUUGCGUGAGACUAGUGGGUCUCUUAUCUGAAGGACCACGUUCUCGUCCCUCCCAUACACGCCACCCGCAGGCAUCCUCAGCAAUGCAGCGGUGGGGUCAGUGUGUUGUCUGGCUGGGACAUUGUCGAUGGCCCGCGCAUAUGGAGGAAGUGUUAUGCAGACUUGGACAGCUUGCUCACAUUACUUCGUUUUCGCAAAGACACUAUUGUAUCAGACAGUGGGCCGGUCUAGACAGGACCCUUGCCUCUUGCCUCGUGGCGAACUUAGUCAAUUGUGCUGUCAUAGUAUCACCACAUGUCUCUUGCAUGGCGAUUGAGGCGGUCUAAGCCGACCAUGCACUUGACUCAAGCGCCCGAGACGAAUGUCCCAAGGCAGAUUUGAUGACACUAGAAAAUGUGAAAGUCAGAUCCCGCCGAAAUCUACGCAGACUUGAC